AUGCAGGCUAUAAAGUACGGUAUGAGGGAACCCUCAGUCGACAGCCUCAACGAUGGCCGCAGCCGCUAUGUUCCAAGCUCGGUCUACAGUGGUGCAGGGCCUGUCGAGGACUCGCCAGCACUCGCCCAAGGCCACAACUUCAUGUCGGGAGCGCUGCGAGGUCCGUUCGAAGAGCAGGAGACACCCCCAGCCCGUUUCACGCAGCCAUCCCAGAACGCCCCGCGGAACUCAACACUUCUAAAUAUCAAUGACCCUGUGGCAAUGCAUUUGUUGACCGAGACGGCCAUUAGCGACAGCAGAGAAUUCGAGGUGCUGUCAUUCGAGGAGGUAGAGCAGCUGAAGAAAGAGAGGAGCUUUUUGAAAGGAAAGAUCGAAACGACAAGACGGAAAUUGGCAUUGGAAAGCAAACUGCGAGACGCCGCCCAGUCCCUCAAUCGUCUCUAUUCAACCCGCGAGUCCCCCGACACGGGAUCGUCUCCAAAAUCCCCAAAGAAAUCGCGGCGCAGUUUAUUGGGUAGCAGACGAGGCGGUGACGAGGUAGUGCAUCGUGCAGACGAUGAAUACGCCGCAAGCAUGAAAAAGGUGGAGGAGUUCUCGCGUGAGCUGUUCCAGCUGGAGAAAAGACUCCAAGAGAUAGAUCGGCGCAUCCUUCAACAUACGGCCGGUAUUCUGCAGAUGACCCACAGAGGCCUCAAGAAGAAUAUUCGCAGGAAUGAACUGCCCCGGAGUCCGGAGAGCAUGACAAGUCAGACGAACGGGCGAGGUUCUGCACUGGACGCCAGGGACGAUUUUGAUGAGCGGAGUCUCUACCAGGUUCCGGACUAUGUCACAGAGUUUGGACAAAUUCCUCACAGCUUGAACAAGGGCGGAGCUGGAUCUCGGGCUGUCGACGGUUUUGCGGUCCGUCUGCAUGAACUGAACCAACGCCUACAUUUGAUGAUCACCCAAGCGAGUCUGCAGGAACAUUUUGACCCACCACCUCAGCCUUCUGAUGCGCACAUGACCGGAGGUGUCGAUGCGCAAAUCCAAGCAUAUCUUGGCUACAUGUCCCAGGGUUUGGAUGCAAUGGAAGCUGCCCAAGCUCGAUCCAAUGCAGCUAUUCAGCAAUCCAUCUUUGAUACCGAAGAACAGCUUGAAGAUGUCAAUAUUCGACUCCAUGAUAUGCUGGAAAGAACAAACUCUGUCGGUCACAGCCCUGUGCUACAGCAAGAUGAACCCCGCGGCAAGGACCUACAGUCACAGUUGGCCUUCUCUUCUUCUGUCAUCGAGCGACUGAACAAACGUGUGGAGACCCUCGUCGAACAGAAGGAUAUCUUGACCCGCCAAAUUCAACAGCAACGCGAACUCAACAGCAAGUCCGAUGCUCAGCGAGAUGCCAAGAUCCACGAAUUGGUGGCUGAGUUGAAAGAGUCAAAGCGGUCUCAAACAAACAGCGAACAAGAAGCUCAGCAUUCUCGUGAUCAGAUCAAUUUGCUCAUGGAGGAGCUGGAUCUUGCGAAGCAACAAAGCGUCCUUUUGGAACAGGAACGAGGUGCAGACGACAGCAAAGCCCUUGAACUCGAACGAGCUGCCCGCAAAGAGGCGGAAGAAAAGUUUCUGGCCGAAUUACAGGCCAAGCAAGAGGAGCAUAGCCGACUGCAAUCUGACAUACAGCAGACACGCAUGGACCUGGAAUCUAAGUCUCUGGAAGCAGCAAAUCUAGCGACAAGUCAAGCGCAGGCACAGGCGGCGCACGAGGAAGUGGUCAACGACCUCCGGAACCAAGUGGACGCGCUGAGUAGUGCGAAGGCUGACGCAGAGUCGGAACUCUCGAAACUGCGUGCGGAGAUGCAAGUGCUCGAAUCCGAAGUGGUGCGAGCACAGACAGAGUUGACCAUGGUCAAGGCUGAGUUGGAUGGUGCUUAUGGAACACGUGCUCAGCGAGCAGCCGACGUGAGCAUGAAUCCCGCCAUUCAGAAGGAAAUUGACAGCUUGAAUCUGCGAAACAAUGAGCUGGAAAGCCAAGUGAACAGCCUGAGAAGGGAACACGAGGCUAAAGACGCAGAGAGCGUCGAGCUACAAAACAAGGUCGUGGCUCUGCAGAGGGAGCUAAAAGAGACUAUCGAAGAGUACGAAGUCAUGACGAGGCAGAGCAUUGACGACGAAAAGGAGCGUGAGCGGCUUGAGGAGAGGGUCGACGCGUUGCAGCAGCAAUGUGAAGCGCUCGAAAACCAACUCAAUGAAGAGAAAGUGAAAGGCCUGGGUGCCAAGGUUUCGUCGCCCACAGAAACGACGUCCACCAUGGUUUUGAAGAACGAAUUCAAGAAGAUGAUGCGUGAGACUCGAGCAGAGAAUCUCAAAAUCCUCAAGUCCGAGCAAGAGGAAAGACGCCGCUUGGAAGGCAUCAUUAAGAGCCUGAAGAAAGAUCUUCAGCAACGGCACUCGCAGAAGGAACCGCCUUCGACGCCGAUGGAAGCGGCGGAGUCCCGCUAA